CUCUUGGCCUCGCAGCGCUCGCGGCCUUGUGGCUAGACUCGUGGCGGCGGCGCUUGCGGGCAUGGAGGGGCCGCUGGCCGUCACAGGCGGAGACGUCUCCUUGCACAACUUCAGCGCGAGGCUGUGGGAGCAACUCGUCCACUUUCACGUCAUGCGGCUGACGGACUCGCUUUUCCUGUGGGUAGGGGCCACGCCGCACUUGCGCAAUCUCGCCGUGGCCAUGUGCAACCGCUACGACUCCAUUCCUGUGGCCACCUCCCUCCUCGGAGACACUUCCGACACGACGUCCACUGGCCUUGCCCAGCGCUUAGCAAGGAAGACCAACAAACAGGUGUUUGUCAGCUAUAAUCUUCAGAAUACAGACAGCAGCUUCGCAUUACUUGUAGAAAACAGGAUCAAGGAAGAAAUGGACGCUUUUCCAGAAAAGUUCUAGCUGAGUGGCAGAAGUGAGGAUUUAUAACUUAUGUACAAUAUCAGUUUAAAUAAACGUAUUGAAUUUCACAGUCUGAUGCUUAUUAAGUUGUAUGUUUAAAUUUUGUUUUUGAAGGGUAGUCUUAUAACUUUCCUUCUUCCCCUCACCAGGGUUGGGGCCAAAGGCUCAUAC